CACCGGUGCGCGGUUGCGCUUGACCAAUCACCCAAACCACGCAACCCCUCUCUUUCUUCACAAACUCCGUUCCUCGCUCUGACAUCAGCCGCAAACCCCGCCUUACCGAGAUGAGCCCCACACGCCUUUUGAGAAAGACGACAGGCAUCCAGCACGGCAGCACCGGAAUCUGCACCGCCGCCCCAUCGGAGCGCCACCACACGUGGCACGCACGCACACCCGCGCGCCUCAGGCGUCCCGGCACGGCGGGUCCGCCCAAGGGCUCACGACGACAACCUCUGGCGGAGCGGAAGGCGUGGACGGCCGGGGCCUGCAGUUAUGCAGGCAGCCACCACCCCCGUCUCAGAGAAGCAGGCAGACAGGGGAAGGGCGCAGCGGCUGUCUGGGCGUCCGGCGUCUCCGUGGCGGUGGAGAGUUUAUUGCUUGCGUGCGGUGGACGUGGUAGUGGUGGCGGUGGAGGCGGGCGGUGUGUGUGGACGUGAUCGGUGUAGGUGUGGCGACGUUUAGUAGCGGGAGUGGCUCGGAGCCGAUGUGAGCUUGGCCGUGGGAGAGGCUUUUCACG